AUGCCAGCUGGUGUAACGGCCAGGCUCUGCUCCCGAAGGGACACAUCAGGGGUCGUCAUGAAGAGUCUGGUGCAGCGAUUGUCGCCACGCAAAGCAUCGUUGUCGUCCAAGAGCGUCACGGGAGCCUUCACUUCUUUCCACGCGCACAUGGCAGCAGAGGACGACGAUGUCGGUGUCGAGUUGCUGCCUGACCGCGUCGUGGUGCAAAAGACUGGCGCAACCGCCGCACCACUGCGAGACCUCGUCUUUGCCGACAUCCGCGGUAUCGAAUGGAACUACCACGACGGAAGCGUCACCUUUCGCGAUGUCGCCGACGAUCUCCUCUUGGUCACUCUCGCGUCGACACUGUCCCACUUUGAAACGUGCUUGACCGCGGCCCUGGCAGAGGCAAAGCUGCCGCAGCUGCCCGCGACCACCUACGUCGGCGUGUUUGCCGGUUCCAAGCAGCCGCGCAUCCUCCAACAACUGCGUCCGUCGCUCAUGCCCCCCCAUCUUCGCCCCAAGAUACCCCUGUCCCUUCGUCGCGAACUUCUCUUGGCAGAUCGACCUCCGUCGUCCUCCCUGCCGCCGUGUCGGGACGCCGUGAGCCUCGAGUUUAUCCGACAUGGCACCAUGACGUUUUCCCACUACUCCUCCAAGCUGAUCUUGACCGAGAUGCAUCUAUCGAUCGUCCACGAGGGGGCUCCAGAGCGCAUCCUCCUCUACUCGUCAAUUGCAACCUGUGCCCCCAAUGCGGAUGGAACAGCGGUGGACUUUCACCUUUGCGACGUUGCACCUCCUAUAACGUUUCCCACCACUGACUCCAAGGUGUUAUGCCAUGCCGUGUGGUACUUUAUGAACCAGCAACUAGCUCCUCAUCCUUCUCCUCCAUCUUCCACGGCACCCGAAGCGUCCGUCAUCCAGUCAUCUCCUUCCCUGGGGGUAGUUCCAGCUUCCAUCUACGGCCGUCCGGUGUUCCCUAGCACCAACACCCCCUUCAAAAUCGACAUAACUUCAGGAGGACGGUCCUCCACCUUCUCGUGGCUAAAGCACCAAGGGCCUCUGUCCAAGACUGCCAGCGAAGGCUUUCACUUGACACAAUCGUGGAAAAAGAAGCACGCGAUGCUGCACGACUCGCCCCUGGGCGCGUGGUUGAGCUACACCGAGUCUUCUUGGUCGACUGACACGAGCCCAAUAAGGAAGGCCGAGGCGUCAUCCAAGCGGAUCGACCUCGCGUCCGUGCUGUGCAUCCGCCCGCAGUCGGCGCUUCCGGACGCGCCGCCGUUUGCGUUUGACAUCGUCACACUGUAUCGCACAUGGAGCUUCUGUGCGUCCGACGAAUCAGACCAUGCCACGUGGCUGCACAUCUUGGGCGUGUUUGUCGAUCGCGCCGCGGCGCUGGUGCCGGACGCGCCCUUGUCCUGCGAUGUCAAGGUGGUGGUGCAGAAUGGGGUGAACGACCCCCCCACUGGGGGCUGCAGCCUCGGGAACGCCACGCUGACGAUUGCCAGCGACGGCGUGCGUCUGACCAGCGCCACCACCAGUGGGGGCGACGACGCCAACUCGAAAAUGGACUGGUAUUACACCGACAUUCACAAGUAGGACCAUCGUGUCUAUAUAUAUGUAUACAUACUUCGAAGUAUAUAUAUAUAUAUAUAGAUGGUCGCUGGUGCUGCAACCGCAGGCGUCACUGUUCUUGAGCUGCUUUAUGGACUCAAGUUGCUCCAAAGUGGGCGAAUUCGUGCUGCAGACCAAGAACGCCGCGGCCAUGUGCCAGGCCAUCGAGUUUCACGUCGCGAAAUGUCUCGUCAAGGUGGACGUGCUGUAUGAAGCAGCUACAACCCUCUGCUACACUCCUCAAGCUACAGUCAUGCACAACCCCAUGGAGCACUACAAGGCGGAAAUGGACGAGGAACCUUGCUUCCUCCAGCCAUCUCUUCCUUUGCCGCCUGCUUUGACGUCGGACGGCGAGUUGGUCCGCCCACCGCCGCCGCCGCCGCCGUACACAUCCGCCUUCCACGCCUCGGUUCAAACUGUGACGUUGUCUCCGCUUCUCCCACCCAUUCAAUCGUUUCGCCGCGUGUCCGUCGUUCGUUGACGACAUGUGCGCGCCAAGAGCAGCUUUGAAACCCCAAGAUUAUGAAAUCCCAACAUAUGCAUUAUAAACCAAUCGUGCCGUAACUUGAUUGUGCGCAUUGCUAUAUCAUGAAUUUGCUAUAAAUAUUCCCAAUUCUGCGCGA